GGCCAUUUUUAAUUCCAAUAAAAUCCCGAAGGUGCAAGGGCUUGGAUUCUCUCUCUCUCCCCUUCUUGCUCUUCGUCGCGCCCAUCUCUGUAUGUCUCCACUCUCUCUACCAUUUCCAUUUGUUAGGGUUUCAACGUACAGCAGGGAUAGCUAGCUUUCUCUCUUUCGGAGCAGCGGUGGACUAUAUGUUAUCGCGUCUUGUCUUGAAGCUUUGAGACAAGUGUUUCAGAGAUCCUCAUUGCUUGCCGCCAAAGAUCAGUGGGACAGUUGCACCUCUUGAUGCCAAGUCACACUCCAAUCCUCAAACAACUACAGUGAUAUGGUUGGAACCAACUACCAAGGUUGGUAACAAUGUCAAUGCUGGUAUUACUAUGGCACGGUUUGCAUUUGUGUUUGCGUUUGGCUACUGAAUCUUGUGGCGAGGAAUGCCUUCUCCUGGAUUAGAUAAAAGCUUCUUUUAUCUGGAUAAACUUUUCUGGUAUUGUACGUAUCUGAUUUCCUGCAGCAAGCUUGAUUUCCAGUAAGCUUGGGAAGCUGUUAAUUGCCAACAGCAGUGGUGCAACUGAAAGAAAAGCAAAAAAUAUGAUCAACAGACAGCUAGUGUUAACGUAUCUAUACCUUCUAGUUUAUAUAUUGCUUUCUUCAGGAGUUAUAUUGUACAACAAGUGGGUCCUGUCUCCCAAGUACUUUAAUUUUCCAUUUCCAAUAACACUCACUAUGAUUCACAUGGGAUUUUCUGGCUUCGUGGCAUUUCUUCUAGUUCGGGUUUUGAAGGUUGUUUCACCUGUCAACAUGACAUUUGAAAUAUACGCAUCAUGCGUGAUUCCUAUAAGUGCCUUCUUUGCAUCAAGCCUGUGGUUUGGCAACACAGCAUACUUGUUCAUUUCUGUGGCCUUCAUCCAGAUGCUUAAAGCUCUAAUGCCAGUGGCAACAUUUCUCAUGGCUGUUAUUUGUGGCACCGACAAAUUAAGGUCUGAUAUUUUCUUGAACAUGGUGCUGGUCAGUAUUGGAGUAGUGAUUUCCUCAUAUGGGGAAAUUCACUUCAAUGUUGUGGGUACAGUCUAUCAAGUCACUGGAAUAUUUGCUGAAGCUCUUAGGCUGGUUUUAACUCAAGUGCUUCUUCAGAAAAAGGGCUUAGCGCUUAAUCCUAUCACUAGCUUAUAUUAUAUAGCACCAUGCAGCUUUUUGUUUCUGUUUGUUCCAUGGUAUCUACUAGAGAAGCCUGGGAUGGAAAUAUCGCAAAUCCAGUUUAAUUUCUGGAUAUUUUUCUCCAACACCCUUUGUGCUCUGGCAUUGAAUUUCUCAAUUUUCUUAGUAAUUGGUAGAACGGGAGCAGUAACCCUACGAGUUGCUGGUGUUUUGAAGGACUGGAUAUUAAUUGCACUUUCAACUAUCAUAUUCCCUGAGUCAACCAUUACAGGGCUUAAUAUCAUUGGCUAUGCAAUUGCUUUAUGUGGUGUUGUCAUGUACAACUACUUGAAGGUCAAGGAGGUCCGUUCCUCGCAAUCUCCUGUAGAUAGUAUCCCUGAAAGGGCAGGACUUGAGGAUAGAGAAGAAGGCGACCGAUUUAUACGUGCCCGACAGUAGUAAUAACAGGCAUCAAUGAAGGGAAGAACGAAUGAAGUUUUUCUUUUUGUGAUGUUACUGCAGAUGAAGAGGCACCCCUAAUUCCUCCUUCAAGAUUGUCUCAUCUUGGAAGAAGCCACCUUGGCAGUCACUAAGAUGGAUGAUCUGAUACUUAAAGAUAAUCUUUUACCUGCAUUCACUUACAGGCACUUAUUUCUAUUUGUCAGAAGCAAAGAGGUAGCUGAACUGAAAUGACAAAUGAACCGUACGAAGCAUUCAACCUUCUUUUUUCCUUUUUGAAGAAUUAUCAUUCUUUAUAGAAAAUCUUGUUAAAUCAUAUUUGUAUUGUGAUUCAUUGUAAAAACGUUAUGACAGUUAAGAGUAAGCCGCCAUGAAGUAUCAGUUGCUUAUUA